AUGAGGCCCUCGUGCAAUAGGGGAUCAUGGGGCCCCUGUGUCCUUACCCAAACUCAAAAAGGCCUAUGAAAAAGGUACCAGGGGCAUCUCAUGGGGCCCCCUACUGACCCCGGGCCCUCAGGCAGUGCCCGAGUUUCCAAAUAGUCAGUCCGCCCCUGAUGAUGACAAUAGUGGACCAUGUCCAUGGGCGGACUGACAACUCAUGGGGCCCCCAGGCAAUAGGGGAUCAUGGGGCCUCUGUGUCCUUGCCCAAACUCAAAAAAGCCUAUGAAAAAGGUACCAGGGGGCAUCUCAUGGGGCCCCCUACUGACCCCGGGCCCUCGGGCAGUGCCCAAGUUUCCAAAUGGUCAGUCCGCCCCUGCACAUGUCUAAUA